AUGUUGCCAACCGCAACUCAUUAUGGCACCAUGAUGGGCAGCAUGAUUGUUUUCCAUGCAUUUGUGGAUGGCUACUUGCAGCUUGUAACCAGCAUUUGUGCAAGCAACAACAACCAGGCACAAACUGUCCUUGACCUAUUUCUUGCUGCCAUACAUGAGCAUGGAAUACCUAGUCGCGUUCAUGGGGACACAGGGACUGAGAAUGUACUUGUAUGGGCAUACAUGGAAAAUCUCCAUGGACCUGGGUGGGGAUCCUACAUCAUUGGGAGUGUGCACAAUGUGCAAAUAGAACAACUUUGGCGCAACCUUACAGCAGGCUUUGGAGCAAAGUGGAAACUCUUUUUCCAGCAGCUUGAAGUGCAUGACCAUCUCGAUCCCGACCUUGACUUGCACAUCUGGCUCCUCCACUUCCUUUUCCUUGACACCAUCGACCAGGACACCAUUGACUGGGCAAAUGCUUAG